AAUUGUUUCCUAGCGGACACUUAAAACUGCGUGACACGGGAGAGUUUGCGGCGUGCACUUUGAGGAAUUCGCGAAAAACUCGUCUUGAGGUUCGAAGACGUCUUUUUCAACAAAUACAGUUGUUUUUCUUCUGAGAUAGGAGAUGUUGCUGUUUUGUCCGACCUGUGGAAAUGUCUUGAUUGUGGAAGAAGGGCAGAAGUGUUACAGGUUUGCGUGUAACACCUGUCCCUAUAUACACAACAUAACUAGGAAGGUCACCAACAGAAAGUACCCCAAACUGAAGGAGGUUGAUGACGUUCUGGGCGGCGCUGCGGCCUGGGAGAAUGUGGAUUCCACUCCAGAGACCUGCCCGAAGUGCGAGCACCCCCGAGCCUACUUUAUGCAGAUCCAGACCCGUUCGGCAGAUGAGCCCAUGACCACCUUCUACAAGUGUUGCAACCAGCAGUGUGGGCACCGCUGGAGAGACUGAACGCCGCAGGGACCGGCCCUCGCCUCGCUGUCUGAUCCCCCGCUGUGUGUUAAACCUCUUAGAACAGGCAUGCUGGCCGUCCCCCCCCCAGGUUAGCGGCCAUCGGAAAUUCUCAUGUGUACUCCAAGUGAAGGAGCCAUGCUAAGUUUUUGAACAAAUAAUUAACGGUCCUGUGGCAUCUAAAGAAUCACUUCGUUGAAGUGAUUCAGGAUCCCCAGCCGAGAUAUAGCAAAAACACCGUAGGGCUGCAAUUGAAACAUGACACUUGUCUGUCUUGAAUAUUCCCAGGGAAGUUCUUGGUGUUGGAUGCUGAAAGGGCUCUGAGGAAUGAGCAGACAGCCUGUUCUGUGCCAGACAGACCUGUUGUGGAGUAGCUCUGGUUGUAGUCGUAUUAAGCUAUUUAAUACGUGUAUAUAUUUGAACAAAGUUCACCGCACUGAAGAGAUUACCGGGUGAAAUAUGAGAGGAAAUGUGAAGCUGUCAUUCUUUUACAGGUCUUGAAGUGAGCAGAAUAAAACUGUGUCGAGUGA